UUUAAAACACUAUAAUUAUAUUCAUGGUAUGCAUGAACAAAGUAUAUUCGUGAAAUAUUACUUGUGCAUGCCCAGACCUGUUGCUAUUUAGCAACAUAGCGAAUUCGUUCUCAACUGUAUAAUGUUGAUUUUUUAAUUAUCGCGUGUGCCUAAAUUUUUGAGGUUCUGGGAGACAGAGAAAUUAACAUUGAUGAACUAAUAUAUAUUGUGCUCGAUGGCGAAUCGUCAACAAAAUCUUAGACUACGUUGUUUAAACGCCAGUCGUGGCUGUACUGCGGAAGUAAGCCAUGCAGCUUUAUUGUCUCAUCAUGAAAAAUGUGACUUCGCUUCCGUUGAGUGUUCCUACGAUGGGUGUACGGAGCAAUUAAAUCGGAAAGAUCUAGUCAGCCAUCAACAGAACUGCGAAUUUCGAUCGCUAACUUGCGGAGAUUGUCGCGAAGUAAUGAAAAAAAGAGAAUACAAAAAGCAUUCUUGUGUCUUGUUAAAAGAAGUUAAUAAGAACAAGCAGAGCUUGACUGAACUUCACAGGAUUUUUCGAGAACUUGAAGCGGAACAGCUGCGGCACAGCAACGAAAUUCAGCGGUUAGCAGGUAGAGAAUUAAAAGAAACCAAUGAAAGCCAAAGGCAACAGGUGAACCGUCAAGACCAGAGCGUGUUUUUUAGAUCACUCUCAGUCGGUUCAAGUCCAAUGGAGGUCGACACGCAGAUUGUUGUAGCGUGUGGUGGAGAUAAAUCUUGCGAGGUCUUUAAUUGGUCGACACAGCAAUGGGCUUUCUAUAAGGAUGCAUUCUUCUUUGAUCAUACCGGUGGGUUUUCGUUUGUUUACAACAGCAAAAUGAUGUUUUGUGGCGGUCGGAGUACUAACAGGGUGGAGUUUCUUGCUACUGCAAGAAAUAGAUCCUCAAUUACAUUUCCCGUGCAACUACCUGAAAAUUGUGGCAAAGGGGUUCUCUGUGGUGAUAAGAUAUACACGUUCGCCUCGUCAAUAUCAGAAACAUUGCUAAAACCUUCGUAUAUGACCAAAGUUUGUGCCUCUUACGAACUGCAGGAAGAUUUUUCCUUUUAUAAUGUUGUUUGUGUCAAUGAAAAUUCCAUUUUCCUUGUUGGUUCUGUUACGUUCGUAAGCCAUAUGCAUUUGGAAUGCGCUGAUGUGCUGCUCUACAAGCCAGGAACAUCACAUUUUCAGAAACAAGCUCCUUUGCCUUAUGCUGUUGAAGAUAUGGCAGUUGUCGCGUACAAAGAUAACUUCAUCAUUUUGGGAGGAAUAAAUCGCUCCAAACAAUAUCUAAACGAUGUUCUUAUAUACAACACCACAAGCCAGCAAUGUGGCAGGUUACCAAGUAUGUUGGAAAAGAGAGCUAGAUGUGCUGCUGUAAUGAUGGGCGAUACAAUUAUUGCUAUUGGAGGAACAUCAAAAAGUAAGGAUGGUAGAGGCUAUACCAGCCUCAAGACAGCAGAAUACCUGGUACUCGGCGAAGAAACCUGGAAAAGUCUUCCACCAAUGAACUGCGAAAGAGCUGGCGCCACAGCUCUUCUUGCCCCAUAAUUAUUACACUCCAUCGACAUACGAAGUAGACUAUUAAUUUACAAACAAUGCACAUGCAGACUUCACAGAAACAUGCACUAUCUUAAUUUGCUUUUGGACCGAGCUCGUAUACGUGGAGCGCGAAAUGCAACGGUUAGAAGCAAAUGCUGACUUAGUUAGACAAUCUUGGGAAGUUGACUAAGAUCACGGCUUUAAAGGCCCACACACAACUUCAUAACAUGAUCAAAAAUGAUCAAACUUAGUUGCUUUUGAAAAUUGUAGAAUAUGAAUACCAUGCACGGUCCACGUCGUAUGCCUAAAUUAUUGUAUUGAUUUUUGAAAUAUUGAUGUUUAUUUUCUUGGUUGAAAAUGGCGAGGGGUUCUGCAUGCAUAUAUUUCUAGUAUAUAGCUGUGCUAGACCAGUCAGUUUCAGUAGUGUGACAUAAUCGCAAUAUUCCCUGAAUCUCUUGUUCGCCUAACAAACAUAUAUAAUACAAAUAUAUAUAAUCGUGCAUAUACAAAACAUUCCAUGUAUAAUUUAGUUUAUUACCUGUAUACAUGUACACCUUUUGUAACAUAA